AACCCCUCCCCCCCCAAAAAAAAAAAAAAAAAGACACAACACAAGCCAUUACCCUCCCUGCCUCCCUCCCUCGGUUGGCAGCCCUGAGAUAAGGCUCCCCAGCAGGAGGCGUGGAGAGCGACCUUCAGGCAUUCCCUCAUAGUCAUCAUGGCUCUGCGUCAGACCUCUCUCUUGCGCCUUCGCUCUUCCCUCGCCGUGUGUGUGCGAAGCAUGGGAAAGGGUGAGCCAGGCGAUGGAGCUGGUGUUGGUGGAGGAAGUGGUGGCACAAUCAGGGAUGCUGGUGGUGCCUUUGGCAAGCGUGAGGCAGCACAAGAGGAACAGUACUUCAGGAAAUUGGAAGAAGAGCAGAUGAAAAAGCUGAAGGAUUUACAGUCCAGCCAAGGGAAGGAGAAGAAACCAAAAUAGUGAUAGCUUCAAGAUUGGACGUUUUCAAUCAAGAAUGGAUCAAGAACAACUGCAAAAGUUAAAAAAGGGCCUUCACAAGGAAAUUGAGUUCCACAAGGAGCAAGUGCAGGCUCACAAAGAUGCCAUCAAAAGGCACGAGGAACGUCUGAAUCAGCUGAAGUAAAGAGGAUGCUGAAAUUUGGGGAUAUUCAAAUGUAUUGUAACAUGCAUCAUUCUGAAAAAAAAAGUAAUUACCAUAUUUAGGAGAGAAAAAAUUAUGUAUUUCAGAUUUUUAACUUUUUCUUUUUUUCUUUUUACAUGAAAUAAAUGCAAUUGAUAUGGUGUAAAUAUAAUGGUUUUGAUUAUCAAGUCUAUUAGUAAAGUAGCAGUGCUUU